UUUUCCUUUUCUGUUUCAAAACUACCAGCCUGCAAACUACACUGAAAAUCUCAGCGACUUUAUACAUUAAUAUACAUUAAAUGUAGUUUUAAAAAAUUUCUACUCAAACUUUCAAACUUUUCUGCACUCACACAUGAGAGAAAACAGACCUAAUGGACUAAACAUUGCUCUCCAUGGAGGUGACAGGUCGUGAAUUACAGGAGGAAAAAAACAAAGGCUAUGGCAAGAUGAGGUAGACGGUGUUUUAAAAUAUAGAAAAAAAACUCAAAUUCGGAAUGCCAUCACUACUGUAUGGCAUCCACCCACUUAAUUUUACAAUUUAAUUUUACAAUUCAGCCAGUGAUUUUUAUUUAUCAUCCCAUAGUUCCUCAAAACAGCAAAAACAAGCACAUCACGUGAACAGGUAAAUAUAGCGUGCGCUAGCUUAAAAACUUGCUGGGACUGACGUCAUGUCCGGUUGCUGGCAUUGCCAUGGGGAUAUACACCGUGCAGUCCGCGAGCGCAGGUGUUGCUCCAGCAGCUGAACUUCAGCCGGCAGUCAGGCGCUCAGAGGAGAACAUGAAGACAGCUCUGGUUAUCGGGAUGUGCCUGGUUUUGCAGACAGUUUGCACCAUGAUAUCUACACGCUGCUUGUCACAGAUGCAGCCUUGUAUUUCUCCAGACCUGUGCAGAAGCAAACAGACUCUUCUGAGAAAUGUUUGUGCUUCUGAAGACAGCAGCUGUCAAAUGCAAAGUUCUGAGGGCUGUAAUGUGACCAUUCAGGCAAUAUUAGCUCACUCAAGAGAGUGUAUAUGCACUGAUGAAAAUCCAUGCAACAUUCUACAACUACUGGCUUCCUUCUGCCAUUCCCACUUAGACGUUGAGCCCUUGCAUGCACCUGACAAAUCAAGAUUGGCAACUCAGCAGGCGAACCAUCAAGCCAGUGGUCUACAUCCUCAUUCAGAUCAUCACCUAAACUUACCAGUUCAUGAGAAAACCCUAAAGGAGGAAUGGAAAAAAAGUAGACUAUUAACAUAUGUACCGGCUCCAAACAUUUCCUGCGUUCAGGAGAUGAUGCUGUGCAUCCAGGAUGAAGUAUGUAAUCACCAGCUGGUGCCGUUUGUCCAGUCCUGUUCUACUCCUCAGUGUGAGGAGAAGCUUUGCAGGCUGGCAGCAAGAAAAUUUUAUUCUAGCCUGCCUGAAAAUGUGGCUGAGAUGCUGGUAUUCUGCCAGUGUGUGACAGAUGACCAGGACUGCCAGCAUUUUCAGACCAUGCUCAAUUCCAACUCCUGCAAACAAGACAAGAUAGCGCAGUGGAACUGCCUGGAGAUGCUGGACAACUGCACUGGAGAGAAGAUGUGCAGGAAGACCUUUGAGGCAUUCUUGUCCAAAUGUUUUGGCUCUGAGGAUGUUUCAUUUAGUGGAUAUUCAAACACAGACCUGCUGCAUGUCAUAGAUCUGAACUUUUUUGUCAGUGGAAACAAAGAGUGCAGACUGGCCUUUGUAGCUACAAUGGGAUCUGUGCUUCGGAGUCCGUGCACCUGUCAUGGACUGGAUCAUCACAAUCUUUACAGGUGCAAUGUGCUGCAACAAGCCAUUCAUAACAGAUCCUAUUUCAGACCUCAAGAACCUAAGCAAAAUAUCUCAUCUACAAAGUCAAAAGUAAAUAAAUCACAGCAAGAGAAUUCAUGGCUAAAUGAUCAAUUAUUGUACAUUGUGGUGUCUGUUUGUGUGGUGGUGGUGGUGAUCAUUGCAGUCGCCAUCGCCAUUGUUAUGCAUAAACUGGGGAAAAAGCACAGCUUGUCCAAGAACCCAGAUUCAAGAUUCAAACCCCCAGAGGAUUCCACAAAAUCACUUGUUCUGUAAUUUAAAUCAUGUUUAACUCAUGGAUGUUUUGUACAAAGCAUAUAACGUGAUUGUUUUAUCUGAUAGCCUAUGUACAAGUUCAGAUUAUUUUAUACUAUAUAUGAUAACAUUUAGAUUUAUCAAAUUAAGUUUCAAUUACUGAUGUGAAUGCACACACAGUUGUAUGACACUGACCAUUGUUUUGUUACUGUGCUUUUGUUAUAGAAUUAAUAUUGCUUUAUUAAUAUUAUUUUAUAUGACCCAUUACCAUUUAAAUGCUCUUUACAUAUACAUAUAUUUAAAUGCUCUUUAAAUAAUAGUGCUCACAGCAGUCACGUAUAACUAUCACAUAUCUGUGAUGGCCUAGGAACACCCAGUGAAAGACACCCCAUCUAUUUUUACAUUUGUAAUCUAACUUACUUAUGGGAAAAAUAACAUUACUGCAAAAGUAAUGGGAAAGUAGUGAUUAUUAGCAUCAUCCACAUCACCUGAGGUAAAAGCAUGUCAUGACAUUGAAGCACUCUUCGCUCGAAAGUACUACCAGAAAAACUCAGUUUUGGUCAAAACCACACUUUUUGGUUGUUUUCCAGUGUUCAGCCAUAGCAACACCUGAUGGGUUUUCUGAGGCCCCCUCACAUAUAUCACUGUUCAAUAAAAUGUAAAAGUAAAAUGUAAAUACAAUCCCCCAGAAACACUGGAAAACACUGAAUAAAAGAAAGGAUUUUUCAUGCAUAAAUUAUAACAAAUAGCAAUUUGCAGAACAUAACUUUAUUCAACUCUUGAACUUACAGUUCAUCAGCCUCAGCUACUUCACUCAAGUGCAUUAUUGGUCUUAUCCAGAUGCCCUGUGGAACUUUAUGGAAAACUUGUGACUGAGUGACUAAAGUGACUGAGUAAGCUAGGGAACUAUCUUUCAAAACAAUGUCUUUCCAAAUCAGGGAAGUGUUUAUGGUUUGUUAUGGUUGUUUAUGGUUGACAAUAAUAGCCACCUAAUAACGUCAUUAGAUUUAACUUAGUUUUUGGUUUUGCUACGUUCCAGAAAGAUCAGAAGAGUUCUCUGGACACACUGUCAGAAUACUAUGAAGUGAGAACACAGUGCUGCUGUGAGUCUAGAUGGAUUAUUUAUUUAUUUUUUUUUCAUUAUAAUGCCCAUAUGAUUUUCCAGGAAAAUUUUCUUUCAAUAAUGAUCUAGAAUGUUAGAAUAUUUUUAAAUGAAUUAGAAUAUUGAAUAGACCUCAGCAGAGAUAUUUAUAGAGCAGUGGCAUAAAAAUAUAGAAGAAUAUUUCUUUUUUGAAUUUUGGGCCAGUUUUUAUAGAAUAUACAUGCGCUGUUUUUUAUCGCUUGUGCAGAUGUUUCUGUUUGUACCUGCCUUUUUCUAAGGAAUUUAUUAAGUUCAAUUUCCUAAAAUAUAAACAUAAACAUAACCUAAAUAUAAACUAGUGGCCUAAUUUAAACCACGGCGACCCUGCCCAGGCAGUUAGUAAGGAAUUCUGCACGUUUACAUAAAUGAAUAUGAGCAUGUAUGAACCUGCUCAUAUGAAAGUAAAAACCUCCCCGCUCCACUCACGUGACUAUUUUGUUGCCUCCCACAGGGCCUAAUCUCAAACAGAUGCAAUCCGAAUAAUGUAUUUGUCUUUGUUUACAUCCCUGUAAAUGUAGUUCUUGACAUGAGCACAAUUUAUUCAUUAUGUCAAGAGCAGGAAAACAAAACAUAAGAUGCAGAAAGAAUGAAAUAAAGAAAAGAAAAUACAGCCAGUCAUUCACAUGUUUUGAAUCACACAUCUCAUGCUAAGCAUGGACCGCAUCCUGCUAUGCCAACAUACAAACGCUGUACUGCACUGUUCUGUUUGCUUUCUAUUUCCCUCCUAUUUAUCUUAGGCAGAUAGCAUAUGUAAGCCUCUCAAAUCGAGGCAAACACAUAUCUGUUCAAACACAUCUCAGAGACCAGUGUGUAGAUAGCAUUAUGUGAAAGAUAUCAGGUGAAUACAGUUGUAAUAUGGAGGUAGAGAUAAAAACCUUUUUGGAUUUGAUUGGAAACAGGUCACAUGUAAAUCUGAGCUUCAAGUUCAUGGCACCCAAGAUGCCUGCAUCAAGUGUUUGUGCUAACCUGUAACUACAAUCAAUAAAUACCUGGUUUUUGCAUAUCCAUCCAGCUCUGUGCGUGCACCACCACAAUCACAGGACCAGGAUCGAGCAACUUAUCAACCAUCUAAUAACCGUCUAAAACCAUCUAAUCUUCGUCUGAUAUGCUUCAUACUAAGGUUUAAGCAUUCAUGAAGUCUGCCUUGACACAAAAUAUGAUUAUGACCAACAGGAACAAAUACUGAGACUAGGAACCUGAUCAUUCUUCCCAUCAGCACAAGUGAUUACAAUUGCAUUUUUUGGAGAACUAGUGUUCCUCCACAGUGCACAGAUGGGUAAUACAGCGUAUAAAGAGGCCUGGAUUCCUUCAGUUUGGACUAUUUAUGUCAAGAAUUGAAAAUACUAACCCCAACAAAAUAAAAGAUCUUAUCCACCAAGAUGGAAAAAAUCAAGAAAAAGUGCUGCAUGAAUAAGAUUCAGUAGGAAAGUCACUCGGAAAGAAAUUGUCUCAUUAAUUGCUGAGAUCAAUACAAUGUUCAUUACCAUACCCUAGUCUUUCUCUCCAUUGGAUAGCUCCACAUUCCAGUCUGGAAAGUGUAUGGAAAGUUGUCCUUAUCAAUUGCCAUAAAUUGUCUGGUCCAGACAGGAUCCUACCAAGUGUCCCCUCUUGUGAAAUUAGUGUCCCUCUUACUGAGAGGUCUUUUGACAAGAUGGUUUCCAUACAAUGAAAGAAGGCCACAUUCACAUUCCUAAUUCUAAACCUUUAAACACUGAUUACUUAAGACUGAUGUCCCAGCUACAGAGUAGAUGUUAAAGGACAUCAUAUAAAACCUUGACUCCAUGAAGGUUGGUAGGAGUCUUUUGGCUUUGUCUUUUUAGCAGUUUAUCUUUUGACACUAAUGAUUGUGGAAAAAGUGAAUUACUGAAAAUAUGUGGAUGAUAUGAGUCUGGCCCAGACACUGAUCUCUCAAAUAUUUAAUACACUAGCAGACACUAGCAGACAAAAUGGGUGACUGAGCAUAUGAUUAAAUUAAACUUAAGUUAACAACAGUGUAACAUCCUGCACAGAACACAACUUAGGCAUCCACCUGACCUUUGGAAAUCAGACAUGCUACAAAAGUCAUUCACCUGCAUUGGUACAGUCAAGUGGACUUUAUGCUGUCUUCAAAUAACAAGAAGCUCUGUAGACUGUAUUGCCU